AUGGAGGUUGUUUUGGCAGCAUCCUCUGUUGAUGCUGAUAUUGGUUGCUGGGACCUUCAGUCGGUCGCGGAGCAACUGCGCAAUAAAACUUGUGCUUCCACCCCUCAUGGCCUCGAUAGUGUGGGCAGUCGCUUCCAUGUAUCUUCCCAGAUCCGAGAUUCCUCAGCCAAUGCUGGUCUGCUUCUCUAUUGGUCCUGGUCCAAGCCUCAAGUAGAAGCCAGGAGCUUUCCAGCUGAGCCAAUCGGGCCUCUUGCUGCUAAUCACCCAGGCACUUAUAUAGCCAGUGGAGGUUUAUCGGGUGACAUAUACUUUUGGGAGCUUGAAACUGGCAGAUUGCUUAAGAAGUGGCAUGCUCAUUAUAGGGCCGUAACUUGCCUAGUAUUUUCUGAGGAUGACUCACUACUGAUAUCUGGUUCAGAAGAUGGAUGCAUACGAGUUUGGUCCAUGUUCACGAUAUUUGAUGAUUUGAAAAGGCAGGAAGCAGGUCAUCUUUAUGAGCAUAGUUUCUCAGAGCACACCUUAUCAGUAACUGACAUUGUAAUUGGCUAUGGAGGAUGUAAUGCAAUUAUAAUUUCUGCUGCAGAGGAUAGGACCUGUAAGGUUUGGAGCUUAUCUAGAGGAACAUUACUAAGAAAUAUAGUGUUCCCGCCACUAAUCGAUGCGAUUGCAUUGGAUCCUGCUGAACAUGUCCUGUAUGCUGGCAGUAGAGACGAAAAAAUAUUUGUUGCCGCACUUAACACUGUAAAGAUCUAUAGUCAUAAUCAUCAGAUGCAUAUCAUCGGUUCAUUCUCUAAUCACAGUCGGCCAGUGUCAGUGACGUACUCUUUUCCAUUGAAAACAUUGCAUAUUGGCUUCUGA